AAUCUAGGGUCGGCGACGAAUAUGCUUCGUCACCCCUGCCGACACGCACGAGUGGGUGAGUGAAAAGAGAUGCGGCUGAGAGGAGAGCGGAGGGAGCGCUGCGUCAGUUUCCAGACAAAUGGGUCGAUCAAAGUGAGUUGGGCGGAUGCGUGGGGCAAA